UAACAAUAGCAUGCAGUGGAGAGAGAGAGAGGAUCAUGUUGAUGAUUUCUAUGUUGCACAAAAACGACAGUAAAAACAAAGGGGAAUUGGAGUUGGUACACAAAAUAAUUGAGGGAAGAGUAAAACGAAACAGUGAAAGAGAAAAAUGGGAGAUAAAAAAGGAGGAAGUGUUGCAGAGAAACAGCAUAGGUAUCUUGGGCUACAUGCAGAGAAGGAACAUGCAUUGUUUCUGGUGAUUCAGAGCUAGUUGGUUUUGGGAAGUGAAAGGUGAAGAGAGAGCUGAGAAAAUAGAAUGAAUGAGAGUGGUUCAUCGAUUAGCUAGGAGUUAAACUAGGGAGUAAAGGAGGGUAAAACAGUUGCAGAGCACAGAGAGAGUUGAUCUGUGGUACAGUUUAGGGAAUGCCUUCACGAGACACGAGUGUGUCAGAUGUUUUUGGGACGCUGAGGUAUCUUGCUUUUCGAGGAUACGUCCCUCCACAAUGUAGCAGGAGACAGAUGAAGAUAGAGAUUUCACUAUGGGCCUGUUCUCUUCUUUGAGCCUUUUCCAUCUUUUUCUGUUCAUUGGAUCACUGCACAGUUUUUCCCUUCUCACUUCCCUCUCCUUUUCCUUUUUCCCACUUCUGAACUGUUUUGGCCUUUCAAGAACUUGAUUCUACCAAGGUAGGCUUCCCAGUAGGACUAUUCAAAGGCCCCAGUAACAUUUUCCUCAGGCACCCAAUGGAGAGAACCAUUAGGUGGUUGAAGGGAUUGUUUGGGAUAAAGACAGACAGAGCGCGCAAAGAAAAUUCAAAUCCUGGCUCCAAAUGGUGUCACUCAGACAGAGAUUCCAGAGGUUUAUGUCAUAAUCCUACCACCAUUCCUCCCAAUAUUUCACCUGCUGAAGCUGCUUGGCUACAAUCCUUCUACUCAGAAACUGAGAAGGAGCAGAACAAGCAUGCCAUUGCAGUUGCGGUGGCCACUGCAGCAGCGGCUAAUGCGGCGGUGGCUGCUGCUCAGGCUGCUGUAGCAGUGGUUAGGUUAACCAGCCAUGACAAUGGCAGAGACACUAUGUUUGAUGGUGGACAAGAAAAGUUGGCUGUUGUCAAGAUUCAAACUGUGUUUAGAGGAUACUUGGCAAGGAAGGCAUUGAGAGCUUUAAAAGGAUUGGUGAAGUUGCAAGCACUAGUGAGAGGGUACUUAGUGCGGAAGCAAGCGGCAGCAACCCUACUCAGCAUGCAGGCUCUAAUUAGAGCUCAAGCUACAGUAAGAUCUAAGAAAUCUCAGGGACUCAUGAGCACAAAGAAUGAAGCACACAGGUUUCAAACACAAGCACGAAAAUCCAUGGAGAGAUUUGAAGACAUACAGAGUGAGUACAUAGCUCCCAUCCACAGCAGAAGGCUGUCAUCUUCCUUUGAUGCCACAAUGAAUAAUGCAAACAACAGUGUUGAUGGGAGCCCCAAAAUAGUUGAAGUGGACACUGGUAGGCCAAAGUCAAGGUCUCGCAGGAGCAACACAUCAAUGUCAGAUUUUGGUGAUGACCCAUCAUUUCAAACACUUCCUUCUUCUCUCCCAUUCACUCAUUUAUCCAUACCGAACCACAGGACUUUUCUGGACUCAGAGUGGGGCUUAACAGGAGAAGAGUGCAGAUUUUCAACAGCACAAAGCACUCCACGCUUCACCACCAACUCUUGUAGUUGUGGCUCUCUUGUUGUUGCCCCUAUGACACCUAAAAGUGUUUGCAACGAAAACUUCUUCUAUGGGCAGUACCACAAUUUUCCAAACUACAUGGCCAGCACUCAGUCUUUCAAGGCUAAAUUGAGGUCUCAUAGUGCUCCGAAGCAGCGUCCAGAUCCUGGUUCAAAGAAGAGACUUACCCUCGAUGAGAUGAUGGAGUCCAGGAGCAUUUUAAGUGGUACUAGAAUGCAAAGGUCUUGCUCACAGAUUCAGGAAGCAAUUAAUUUUAAGAAUGCUGUGAUGAGUAAGCUUCAGAAAUCCACAGAAUUUGGUAGGGAGACAACACCAACUUUUCCAACCAGAGGAGGUGGCGAUUGGUGAAACUUGUGAUAGUGUAUUUCCUUUUGCCUUUUCACCUUGUUAGUAGUAACUGUGCCUGUCUGCACCCCCAUGAUUGGCAAUUUGAGAACAUACAGUGAGGGGAGACAAGACAAAAUAGGAGAACAAAGAGAAGGUCCCCCUUGUAAUUUGCUCAUGGAAUUAUCUCAUCAUAAUCAAAUGUUACAGCAAUUUGAGUUUUUUUUUACUGAAA